AAAUAUCUAAACGCGGCUGAACUUCUUCGUUUUAGUUCUGGAUUUGGAUGGGAUUCAACCACAAAAAGGUUUACAGCUUCAAAAGAAGUAUGGGCUGAAUAUCUAAAGGCACAUCCAAAGUUCAAAAAGUUUCGUGAUGAAAUAUUUGAAGAAUUUGAUGAUCUCAAACUUAUAUUUGACAAGAAUAUAGCGACGGGUACGAAUGCUAUUGGUUUAGGUGAAACUACUGAUGCACAAACAGUUAGAGUUGCAGAAACAGAAAAGGAGCAAGCAAAUUGUGGUGAAGAGUUUUCUUUUGAUGUCCAACAAAACUAUGAAUCACAAUCAUCUUUUUUUUGCAGUCCUUCAGACGAUACUUUGGAAAAGCUUCCUUUAAGAAAGAGACAAAAAACUAGUCCUCUUAACAAAGGUGAUGAUCUGUUCACUCAAAAAGAAAGUGUAGAAGAAGCUGACGAGCUGAAUACUUUGACAACCAUCACUCAGAAACUCUUCAAUUUGAUAGAAGAAAGAGAGACAAGACAAAAACAAGAAGCUGAGCAAAGAGAAGCAGAGAAAAAGAAAAAUAAUCUAUGGGAAGCAGUCAAAGAAGUUUCUGAUUUGGAAGAACAUGUACGUUUUGAUGCCGUUAAGCUGAUCAAUCAAUUAGGAAUGAAAGACGUAUUCAUUAGCAUGUCUGUUGAUGAACGUUACGGAUGGAUUAAGCAUAACGUGAUAGGAUUUUGAUUUGAGCCAUUAUUAUGUGUGGUUUUUAUUUAUUUUAUUAUUUACUGAUAUUGGAUUUUAUAUACUGGUUUUUGCAUUUGAUUACAUGGUUUUUUAUAAUAAAAUUAGUGUUGCUAUCCUUUGUUUUAGUUUGAAACAUGACUAAGCACAUGUGUCUUUCAUACAAACAUAUUAGAUGCACUAAGCACAUGUAACUAAUAUUACGAUGCACUAAGCACGAUGCACUAAGCACAAACAUAUUUUUUUUACUUUUUAAUUGAAUGUAAAGUAUAUGUAAAUAUGUAAAAAAUUUAGUUUCUUCGAUUGCACAAUUGUCAUUUUAUAUUUAUGUAAAAUUUACAUACAAUUAAAAAGUAAAGUUUUUUAUAUUUAACACAUCAAUAUUUACAUUUUUUUACUUUUUAUUGAAUGUAAAGUUUACAUAAAUUUAUAAAUGAGAAUUAUGUAACUGAAAAAAACUUUACUAACUGAAAAUGUAAAAUUUAUAUAAAUAAUGAUCUAGGUUGCUUAUUGAGAAAACCAUCAAAUAAUUACUUAAAGUCUCGUGCUUGUUUGAUAGGUUCUAAGCUCUUUUGUCAAUUUAUUAUCAAACAUGGAUUCAGAAUUUCUUGGCCAACAAGAAUCAGAAGAAAAAGAAUCAUAUUUGUCUCAUGAAGAUGAUGAGUUAGAUGCCCAUAUUAUUUUAUUGGUGCUCCUAGUUCUUUGCCAGAUGAUGUGUUUGAAGAAGCGACAACGGGAACUUCAGUUGCAAAUUGAACGUCCCACAUGACGCCCAAUCACAAGAGCUGGUCAAGAUUAUAUAGAUCAUGUCUUAAAAGAAAAUCCUCUUCAUUUCAGAGAGUUAUAUCGGAUGUAUCCAAAUAUUUUUUUGAAGUUAUGCAAUCUUCUCAGAGAGAAGACAAGUUUAACUGAUACAAGAUAUAUCAGCCUUGAAGAAAUGGUUGCCUCUUUUCUCCUUGUAGUUGGUCAAAAUUCGAGGUAUUGCUAUACAAGAGAUACUUUUAAGAGAUCCAAGUUUGCUAUAAGUGAGAAUUUUCUCCUUGUAGUUGGUCAAAAUUCGAGGUAUCGACUACCAGUUCCAGAAGGUACAUAUAUAUAUAUAUAUAUAUAAAUAUAUUGUAAAUCAUACAUAUUUUUUCCAGAUAAUUAACUAAUUUAUCGUUUAAUAUCAGGAAAAUUUUAUCUAGUUGACUGCGGUUUUGCAAAUCGUCAGAAUUUCUUAGCUCCAUAUCGAGGUGUUCGAUACCAUCUACAAGAGUUUUCUGGUCAGGAUUCUACUCCUCAGAAUGAUAAAGAGUUGUUUAAUCAUCGUCAUGCUUCCUUGAGGAAUGUUAUCGAGAGAAUUUUUGGUAUAUUCAAAUCUCGGUUUCUAAUUUUUAAAUCUGCACCCCCUUUUCCUUACAAGACACAAACAGAGAUCGUACUUGCGUGUGUUGGGUUACAUAAUUUUCUUCGGAAGUUUUGUAGAACAGAUAAUUUUCCUGCAGAAAAAGACUCUGAGGAUGUAGAACAUGUUCAAGAAGUUAAUAACAAUGACGAAGAAAUUUUUGUAACUCAGGAUCAGCAAAGAGAACAUGCCAAUCAAGUGAGAGCCACAAUAGCAACAGAUAUGUGGAGAGAUUUUAUAAACGUAUGAUAUAUGAAUG